AUGGUGCUAGUGGUUGUACUAUUUUUAUUGCAACUAAUUGAAACACAGCAGGUGAUUUCGGCAGUAAGUGGAUUAGCUGAGAACCAGAGCGAGUUAGCAUCACCAGUUACCAGCACAAUAAGUACAAUCAGCAAUUUAAAGCGAAACGACUGGUGGCCACCGAGUUCACAAGAUGUUGUCACACAGAUAUCCCCUUAUACCACCGAAUUACAACACUCAGUACCACCGAGUUAUUACAUACCUGCCCCACUAUACCCACCAGUUUCCCAUUAUCGGAAUGUAGAGUGGACUCCUUACGGUUAUCCUGAAUUUGGAUAUCAGGUUGCACCAUCACUGAAUAAUCAAAUUGCAGUACCUGCUAAAUAUGUGAGUGUUGCAUUGUUCAUCGGACUUCUAACUCUUUUUGCUAUUAUCCAAGGCGCCAUGAUGGUCAGUAAACAUAGGGAAUCGAUGGACUCACUGUUAGCAAGGAAAAAACGUGACUUGUUGGUUUCUACGGAUUUUUACCACAUGACUCGAGAGCAGCAAGAUGUCCUGGACAUUGAUGCAAGAAUCCAGUGCAUCCAAUGGACAAUUUGCCUGGAAAACCGUCAACUAUUAAAAUACUUGGGACCGGUGGGAUCCAAAUUAGCAAAGUAUCUAACGCGAAGCGUUGGAAAAUCGGUGAAGAGUGCGUCAUCCGGUUGGGAUCGACAAGUGGAGGACGCGGGAGCAGCGGGACUCAGAGGCGAUGAUUGCAGCGUACUUUACAGAGAUUGUGUACUUCCGCUUGGCUCCGAAACCGUUGAAACUCGUUGAAAAUAAUUAUGCGACCAAUCUGAUUGAGCACAUGAUGAAACCUAAUUUAUCCCGCAUUUGUCCAUUUUCCCUAUUUAAUUUCAUAAUAAUCAGAG